AUUGCCUUUAAAAACAACAUUGUCAUCUUUCUGGGCAUAAUUCGAAACGGCCAUGGAAGGAAAACUUGACCUUAAACUAAAUGUUGUUGAUGAAAAUGGAUGUGAAUUAACCGAUAAAAAGCCAUAUCUCUAUCAGACAACAGACACAGUCAGAUGGAAAGAAGUUGCACAAUGGGUGAAGGACAAGCUGUCAAUCACUUACUCACUUGCAUUUAGUUAUUUUGACGAUGAGGGUGAUCUCAUAUUUGGAAACACAGAACAAGAAUGGAAGGAAGUGUUGGAAAACAAACAUGAAAAUAAAGAUGGACAUGGAUCUACAAUCUCUGUCAAUAUCCUUCUUUUGGGAAAAGCUGAAACUUCAAGCUGUUGUAAAGAAGUGAAGGCACAAAAGCCGACAAGUUGUUGUACUGGAGUGCAAUCUACACUGUCCUGCUGUGAAUUUUUGAGGCCACUCCCUCCUGACCCAGAUGUAAGCAGUGGUCCACUAGAGAAAAAAGUGGAGCAAGGAAGCACCAGUAAUGCUGUUAUUCUUCAGUCAAGUACUUGGUACGAUGAGGAAGGAUUCACUCCUGCAGCAUAUGUCACAGACCAUGUUGUACCAGAUGGAUCUAAAGAGCUUCUCAGUGAACUACCUGGAGUUAAAACUUUGGAAGUAACAGCAAAAUACCCCAUUGCAGAAGUUGAUGUUUUGAGUGAUGAGGUGCCUGUCCAAGUGCACUUAGAGGCAUUCAACCCCUGUGUCCCUCUGGACUCCAAGAACAGUGGAAUACCAGUGGUUGUCUUGAACUACACUGUGACAAAUUCAUCAAAAGAUGCUGCAAAGGUUUCAUUACUGGGAUCACUCCAAAACAUUGCUGGCUGGAAUGGACAGACUCCAAUUACUUCAGAAGUUGCCUGUGAUGGAUAUGGUGGAAAUAUUAACAGUCUUUUGCAGACCAGCUGUCUGUUUGGUAUUGACAUGAGUAACCCAUCCUUGGAAGAGAGGAGUGCACCAAAUGGACAUGUGUCCAUCUCAGUGGUGAAAAAGCCAGGUGAUAAUUUGUCUACAAUGCUCCAAUAUGAUGAUGUGAAAGAGAUGUGGCAAUAUUUUACAUUAUCAGGACUACCUGGGCAAGGAAAGUGUGGUCCCUCUCCAGUGGGUAAAACUUGGAAUGGAGCUGUUUGUUGUGAGAGAGAAGUCCCACCUAACAGUUCAGAGACCUUCACAUUUCUCUUGGCUUGGCAUUUUCCACACAAAUAUGUAAACUGGAGCCAGGGGUAUUUUGGUAUCAACGAUCCCAAUACACAGUUUUACAUUGGCAAUCAGUACAGCAAGUUCUGGAAGAACAUUAACGAGGUUUUGUACUACACAACUGCUAACUUGGAGUCCUUAACAUUGUCGACCAGGGUCUUUAGAAAUGCAAUGUUUGAUUCCACAUUGCCGUGGCAAAUGAUUGACAGUGCAGCUGGAAGGCUGUCUGUUGUAAGAUCCCCCACGUGUAUGUGGUUGGCUGAUGGCAAUCUUUAUGGAUUUGAAGGAUGUAGUAAGGUUGGAGGUUGUUGCCCGCUCAAUUGCACACACGUGUUCAACUACGAAAUGGCCAUUGCAAAGUGUUUCCCUGAUUUGGAGAGAACCAUGAGAGUCGUUGAUCUGAAAGAGCAGAUAGCUCCCAAUGCCAUCAUACCAAGCCGCACUACUGUGCCUCUUGAGCUUCGACGCUGGUGGAGCUUUUGGCCAAACUACACUGACGUUGACCCCGCCUCUACUACGAUAUGCGUUGAUGGCGAAAUUGGAACCGUGUUGAAAACCUACAGGGAGGUUCUUCAGGGGGCUCCUCAAAAGUGGUUCGAUGGUUUAUGGCCAGCGGUUAAGAAAAUCAUGGCACGAUGGAUGGGGGAACUAGAUUCGGGAGAUGGUUUGAUUCGUGCCCCCCAGCCCAAUACUUAUGACACCUGUUUCUAUGGUGUGAAUACUUUCACGUGCUGUCUUUAUCAUUGUGCAUUACGAGCUGCGGAGGAGAUGGCUAAACUUCAAAAAGAAUCGGACCUUGCUGAUGAGUACUCCGCCAGGUUCAAACUGGGAAGUGCCAACCUCGAUAAGGCCUGUUACACAAACGGAAAAUGGUACACACAGGUGCUGGAUCCAAAGAAUCCGAAAGCGGAAAUUGCUGACGGAACGUUCAUUGAUUGUUUGCUUGGCCAGUGGUGGGCAAAUGUUUUGCAGCUCGGUGAUAUUUUACCAAAGGAGCAUGUCAUGUCUACUUUGGAGUACAUUUACUCUAGCAAUCACGUGGAUUCGUUUAAUCCAGCGGACCAGAAUCCCCGGAAGUUCUUCGAUCAGCGAGACGCCGGACUCUACAUUUGUCGAUGGCCUGGAUCGCCUCCAGAAAAUCCCUUCCGGUACAGUAGUGAGGGAGCCUGGACUAGUUUGGAGUACGAAUUUGCCCAGUUAUGUUUGAAUCAGUUAAUGGUCAGCACAGCACUCGAUGUUUUGACCGACACCCGUGAAAAGUAUGACGGCACUCGGCGCAGUCCUUGGAACGAGAUUGAGUGUGGCGACCAUUAUAUUCGCCCGAUGGCAGCUUUUACCUUUUUUGAGUUCGCCUCAGGUCAGACUUGGAAGUUGUCCGAGGUUGGGAAUCCUUUGAUCAGCCUUGGGUUUGCACCGCGAAUCAAUCCGUCAGACUUCUGUGGCUUUUUUAUCACUGCCACUGCUUGGGGUCAGUUUAAACAGAAGGGAGAUGAAGAAAUGAGAGAUGGAACUGCUGAGCUUUGUGUUCAUCAUGGAGAACUAAGCCUAUCACAGUUCACUCUCAAGUCACGUGCCUCCUCUGCCUUAGCGCGCAUGGCAGGAGGAAGUGACGAGUUGCUGGUCACAACAGUGGCUCAGGACGCUGAACAGCUUUCAAUUACCUUCGAUUCUUGUGGAAUUUUGCUCAAAGCUGGCGAGAGCCUGCAUGUAACACUUUCAGGUUAAGCAUGUUGCAUUUUAUGGCUGUCCUUGAGACAGGUCAAGGAUGGCUUUGCAUCGUUACCAACGAAUGAUCCGUAGACACACCCCAAGAUGGCGUCUAAUAAAAUUGUAAAUGUACGUUAAAGUAUUAUGAUGUCAGUGUCGGUUGGCAGAUAUACAUUUCAAGUCAAAAACUUUUAGUGAUAAAUAACUUUUAACGUCUCCUCACAACUUCAAUUCAUCACUUUUUAAACAGGUGACUUCUCAGCAUCUUGAGAGUAACUGCCGACUUUUUACAGAGGGUGACAAAUGGUGGUCCCCUAUCCUAAAAAAUAUCUAGUACUUAAAAUGCUUGUGAUAUGUUCACAGUAGGUUACGAAACUGAAUAUUUAACCGCUAAAAUAUGAAGAAGAAACAAGGUUAAUAUAUUUCUACAUCUUGUUUCAGGUAUUGUAGAGUUAAAAAUAGAUAUGAAGAUAGGGUUUAGGAAAAAAUUCAGUUCCGCAGACGGAGAAUGAUUUGUAUCAACAUGUAUAACUAAACAACAUUAAAAUAAGUGCAAACUCUAUGUAAAAUUAUUUCUUUUAGUUUAUUGGUUCUUAGAGAGUUGCAUCAAAUGUUUACUCUUUAUUCCGUCGUAUAUCGUAGAAUUUUUUAACAUUAAAAUUUGCCACUUUCCAUUUGAGUUUCUAUAAUAAACUGAAUGACUUGGCCACAAGAACAUGCUGCGUUGUCUCUAGCAGAGGAUGGUGUAUUUCUUCCUCAACAGGACCAAGGGGAAUAACAAUUUCCUCUCCUUGUACGUUCAACUUGAUCUGAAACAGAUCAAAGGAUGUAUUAAUAAACAGUAUUGAGAAGGAAUUUUACAAGUUAAAA